AUGAUCUCCAGAUCUAUUCUGCGAAAUUCGCAAAUUCGCAAUAUAGUUAUACGCUCUGCCAAUACUUUCCCUCUAUCAUAUCAGCCAUUAUCUGUUACACAAUGUAAGAUACCAACAUGGUCACAUCCGUCUGUUAACCAACCUCCUUCGCGUGGUUACCAACGACGCAGUCAGAAAUACUAUACUUUCGAUCCUAAUGAAGCUCGAAAUGCACGCCCUCUCCUCUCCGAAGAACAUAUCAGAAACUUCUCCAAACAUCCAGCCCUACACUCGUUCAUAGCCAUAGUGGUGGCUGGGGGUACAUUCUGGUACAUCAGCAAUAUUGAAGAUGUGCCAGUAUCCGGAAGGAGGCGGUUCAAUAUAUACAGCCAGCAGGAUAUGGAAAGAGAAGGUCAGAUGAUGUAUCAACAGAUCUUGCGGCAGUAUGACGGGGCCAUUCUGCCAGACGGGGAUAAGAGGACUCAAAUGGUGCAAAGGGUUAUGAGUCGGUUGAUACCUGCAAGUGGGAUCGAAAAUGUGAACUGGGAAGUCAAUGUUAUAAACUCUCAGGAAAUGAAUGCCUUCGUCAUACCUGGAGGUAAAGUGUUUGUCUUUACGGGAAUACUGCCAAUUGCUAAAACGGAUGAUGGUCUGGCUACGAUUCUUGGCCAUGAAAUUGCUCACAAUAUCGCAAACCACUCGGGAGAAAAGAUGAGUAAAACUGCUGUAUUUUAUCUGCCUUUGCGUGUAUUGUUUCGAUUCAUGGAUGCCACUGGAUAUACAGGUGGUCUAGGAGAAUUACUUGGGGCUCUUGCACUUGAAUUUGGCAUGAAUCUACCGGCAUCAAGAAACCAGGAGACAGAGGCCGAUCAAAUUGGAUUGAUGAUCAUGGCAAAGAGCUGUUAUAAUCCUCAAGCUGCUGUGGGCGUAUGGGAGAGGAUGCAGGCUGCAGAGAAAAAUGCGCCUCCUCAAUGGCUUUCAACCCAUCCUUCGAAUGGCAAUCGAAUAACGCAGAUGCAAGAAUGGAUGUUCGAAGCAGAGGCCGCAAGAAGUGACAGCGGAUGUGCACCCACCACAGAUAAUUUCAAUGACUUUCGGGGUGCAUUUGGUGGAUUCUGGUCAUGA